UAGUUUCCCCUGUGCACCUUAACACUACAUAUUCAUGGUAGAUUCAAAAUUUGAAAGUACACCAGAAAAAGUCGUAAACCCACUAAACAGCCUUCUUAUUCACACUACUUCUCUGCUUUAUCUUCUCCAACGUGAACACACCAACGCAAAAAGUAUUCCAAUUUCUACAAACAAUGGCUUCCGAAGCGGUGGAAACUCACGAAGCUGAAGAAAAAGCGGAAGUGGAGAAGUUGGAAUCUGAUUUGAAGCAAAUGGCGCAGAAGAUUCUCGAAUACCGGACAACGCUUCCAGAUCAGCUCAGCUCCACACUCCGUUCGAUUCUCGAUGCCCACAGACCCUAUCUCCCUCUGGGUGCAUCAGAACAAAACAUGUCUAGAGAAGAAACUUCAUCUGCUCCGGAAGACCCAGAGACUGCCAAGAAACUGAAAUUGCUGAAUGAAAAGAUCUCGAGCAAUUGCUCUGCUAUGCCAAUUGUUUUGAAAAGGAUGAAAGAUUGCAUUACCAGAAUUGAAAAGUUUGAUUCAUACAAAGAUUCAAUGAUACAUCCGGCCUUCAAAAGGAAGAAGACUGGAUAGCCUUGAUGUAACUUACAGUAGUUAUUUAUCUAAACACAUAAGCAAACAAGUGAUCCAGCAUUGACCAACUUGGAUUUGUUCGAUGAAGCCACCUCUCUACCAUUUUCCUUAUUCUGCAAGUGGGAAGAAUGAUUCGAUGCUGAUGUAUAAUGUAUUACAUUGUUUGGUCUUUUGUGAUAUUUUGAAAAGCAACCCUUGCCAGUAGGACAGGGAGUGAGACAGUGAAGGAAAAGACAGGAUGUUGUAUAGUUCUUGUCGCUGUGUAUCGGCUUCAUCAUUAAUUGUAUGUAAGCUUUUACAUUUGCUUAACUUGUGAUGGCUUUAGGCUUUAGCAUAUUGUAUGUAAAAAAUUUCUUGCAAUGAACUUAUUCUUUGUCCU